AAAUAGUAAUGCCAAUACUAAUGCUAAUUGCUAAUGCUGGCGUCUCUCUAAUCCAAACAAAGCCACUUUUUCAAAUCAUUACCAUUUUAUAUUUCCCUUUUCUUUUUCCUUUUUGAUUUUGCAAACUUAAGCCUCUCUCUGUCUCUCUUGCAUUAACUCACUUCUUCUCGAUCUUCCUUUCUUCGGAUUCGAUCGGAUCAACUUCCUCUGCUUUCAAACUCACCUUCUCUGCUUAUCAUUUCAAGGCAGCUGCGAUUUUGCUUUUGGAGCUUAGAAGAUUCUGUCUGAAGAGUUGAGAGGGAACGCAAAUCAUAUCUCAGGGCUCAAAUAUCAAGGAAAUGUGUUGAAAAAUUCAACUCCUGUCUUACAGGGCUCAAAUCUCAUUAAUUACAUGAGAAACAGAUUAUCUUGAUUUUAUACUGCUAAGAAAUUGAAAAUCUACAGAGAAGAUGGUGAAACAUCGCUUUAGGGAGUCUAUUAAAUCUUUCUUUGGAAGUCACAUUGACCCUAAUAAAGAAGAGCAGCUCCAGGUGGCUAAAGCAGAAAUUGAAGAGAAAGUGAAAAGGAUACUGAGACUUAUUAAAGAUAACAACCUUGAAGAGGAUAGUACCCAAGUAGAAGUUUCAAAGAAGGAACCACUUGUUGAACUGAUUGAAGAUUUCCAUAAUCAAUACCAAUCACUUUAUGCACAAUAUGAUCAUCUAACAGGCGAGUUAAGGAAAAAGAUUAAGGGUAAGCAAGAAAAGGGGAGUUCUUCAUCCAGCUCAGACUCAGAUUCAGAUUAUUCUUCAAAGGACAAAGACAACAAAAACGGACAGCUGGAAAAUGAAUUUCAAAAGACAAUCGAUGGCUUAAAGCAAGAACUUGAAGUGGUGAAUAUAGAAGUGGCUGAAUUAAAUCAAAAGUUGACAGUUACACAUGAAGAGAAGGAGGAUCUUAAUUCAAAAUAUCUUGCAGCAUUGAGCAAGAUACAAGAAGCAAACAAAAUUAACAUGGAUUUGAAAACUGUUGCUGAAGCUGAACUAAAUAAACAACUGGACAUUGCUGGUAAAAGAGAAGCUGAACUGAGUCAAAGAUUGGAAGACUUAACGGCAGAAAAAGAUAGUGUGGCCGCAGAGAAGGAGAUAGCUCUCCAACAGAUUGAAGAGGAAAAGAAGAUUAGUGAUGGCCUGAGAACGCUUGUUGAUCAACUGAAAGAUGAUAAACUAGCAGUUGGCAAAGAGUUAGAGGCAGUUACUGCUGAAAUUUCCAUUCUGAAACAACAGUUGGAACAUGCAGAACAGCAAAUGACAAAUAUAAGCUAUAAUCUGAAAGUAGCUGAGGAAGAAAAUGAAUCUUUAAAAGCGAAACUUUCACAGGCUUCAGAUGAGGUUCAGCUGGCUAACAACAGAAUACAAGAAUUUGUAGCUGAAUCAAGUCAUUUAAAGGAGAAACAUGAUGAAAGAGCAAGGGAAAUUUCAGCCCUCACUCAGACGCAUGAAGGGUAUCAAAAAGAAUCCUCAAAUCAAAUCAGGGAACUGGAGGCACAAAUCACAAGCCUGGAGCUGGAAUUAGAAUCAAUGCAAAACCAGAAAAGAGAUAUGGAAGAGCAAAUUAAGAGCAGCACCACUGAAGCAAGGGAACUAGGAGAGAAUAAUACAGGCCUACAAAACCAAAUAUCGGAGCUUGAAAUGAAGUCCAGAGAGAGAGAAGAGGAGCUAUCUGCACUGAUGAAGAAACUCGAAGAUAAUGAAAACGAGUCAUCUGCUAAAAUGACAGAUUUAACAUCUCAGAUAAAGAAGCUGUUGGCUGAUAUAGGCACAUUACAUGCUCAGAAAAAUGAACUGGAAGAGCAGAUAAUUUUUAAAAGUAAUGAAGCCUCGAAUCAAGUCCAAAACAUUACUAAUGAGGUGAAUGCUUUGCAGCAAGAAGUGGAGUCCCUCCAACACCAUAAAUCUGACUUGGAAGUUCAGUUAGCGGAAAAAGUCCAAGAGAAUUCUGAGUAUGUGAUUCAAAUGCAAACUCUGAAAGAGGAAAUUGACAGAAAAAUCCUGGAACAAGAGAGACUUCUGGAAGACAGAGAAAAUUUAGCCAUGCAAAUAAGUGCUUUGGAAUUAGAGACAAACAGUAUAAGGAACAAAAACAGUGAAGCAGAAGAGCAGUUAAGGGCUAAAAGCGAUGAGAUCAGUCACAUGAGACAGGGAAUGUUGGAGUUACAUGGAAAAAUAGAAGAAAUAGAGAAAAUAUCAACAGAUAGAGAAACAAACAUCUUUGCUCUCCAGGAUAAGUUUGUUAACUCAGAGGCAGUGGUUUCGGCUCAAAUGGCGGCCUCCAGUGAACAAAUUAAGAAUCUUGAACAUGAUUUGGCUUCUCUGCAGAAGGAAAAACAGGAAUUGGAACAGCAGGGUGAAAAGCUGAAGAUUGAGCUGGAUUUCACUCACAACCAGAAGGGUGAAGUUGAAGAGCAAAUGAGAACUAAAGAGCAUGAGAACACUGAACUGAGAGGGGAAAUUUUGGGAUUGCAGGGAACAAUUACUGCACUGGAGAAAGCAUUCGCUGAGAAAGAGUUAGAGUUAUCCACCUUACAGGAAAAGCUUCACGAAAAAGAGAGCGAGGCUUCAGGCCAAUUAGCUGCCUUCACAGUCCAAAUUGAUAAUCUAAAACAUGAUUUGGUGUCCGUGCAGAAUGAGAAACAGGAAUUAGAACAGCAGUGUGAAAAGCUGAAGAUGGAGCUGGAUUCCACACACAACCAAAAGGGUGAAGUUGAAGAGCAUAUGAGAACUAAAGACCAUGAGAAUGCUGAACUGAGAGAGGAAAUUUUGGGAUUGCAGGGAACAAUUACUGCACUGGAGAAAGCAUUAGCUGAGAAAGAGUUAGAGUUAUCCACCUUACAGGAAAAGCUUCACGAAAAAGAGAGUGAGGCUUCAGGCCAAAUAACUGCCUUCACAGUCCAAAUUGAUAAUCUAAAACAUGAUUUGGUGUCCGUGCAGAAUGAGAAACAGGAAUUAGAACGGCUGUGUGAAAAGGUGAAGAUGGAGCUGGAUUCCACACACAACCAAAAGGGUGAAGUUGAAGAGCAUGUGAGAACUAAAGACCAUGAGAAUGCUGAACUGAGAGAGAAAAUUUUGGGAUUGCAGGGAACAAUUACUGCACUGGAGAAAACAUUAGCUGAGAAAGAAUCAGAGUUGUCCACCUUACAGGAAAAGCUUCACGAAAAAGAGAGUGAGGCUUCAGGCCAAAUAACUGCCAUCACAGUCCAAGUUGAUCAUCUAAACCAUGAUUUGAUGUCACUGCAGAAUGAGAAACAGGAAUUAGAACAACAGUGUGAAAAGCUGAAGAUGGAGCUGGAUUCCACACAAAACCAGAAGGGUGAGGUUGAAGAGCAAAUGACAGUGAAAGACCAUGAAAACACCAAACUGAGAGAGGCAAUUAUGGGAUUGCAGGGAACAAUUACUGCACUGGAGAAAACAUUAGCUGAGAAAGAGGCCGACUUAUCCACGUUACAGGAAAAAGAGACCGAGGCUGCAAGUCAAUUAAUUGCCUUCACGACCCAAAUUGAUGAUCUGCAAAAAGACUUGUUUUCCUUACAGAAAACAAAGGAAGAAUUGGAGCUCCACUGUGAAAAAAUUAGUGAAAAACAUGCAGAAAGCCUUACAAUGGUAGAGAAUGAGAAGAAUGACAUAUCAAGCAAAACUAUGGAUCUUAAGAGAACAUUGGGAGAACGAGAAGAUUCAUAUCAGAAGUUGAAUGAAGAAUAUAAACAAAUUGAUAGUUUGUUUAAGGAAUGCAUGGUCAAACUAGAAGUUGCAGAGAAAAAGAUUGAAGAAAUGGCAGGGGAGGUUCAAGAAGGUAUUGAGUCGAAAGAUCAGCUUGUAGUUGAUUUGGAACAUACAAUAGAGGACCUUAAAAGCGACCUAGAAGAAAAAGGAGAUGAAAUCGGUACUUUGCUUGAGAAGGUUCGGAUGCUUGAGGUUAAGCUUCGUCUGUCAGACCAGAAGCUUCGGGUCACAGAACAAUUGCUGAGUGAGAAGGAAGAGAGCUUUAGAAAGAUAGAGGAAAAGUUUCAGCAAGAUCUGAGAACACUUGAAGAAAGAGUUGCCACUUUGUCAGCAAUAAUAACUGCCAACAAUGAAGCUUUUGAUAAAAUUGUCUCUAAUAUUAGAGAGAGUGUGAACAGUGUCAUGACUGGCAUAGAAACUGUAAGCUGGAAAUUUUCUGAUGACUGUAAAACUUUUGAGGACUGGAUCUCAAACAUCUCACAUGAGCUUAAAGUUGCAAAGGACAAUGUCAGGGAGAUGAAUAAGGAAACAGAGAAGUUAAAGAGAGACAAAAGCCACUUGUUAGAGCAGCUGCAGGUUAAAAACGAACAGGAAGUGGCUUUGAGGAAGAGCAUUGAGAAGCUAGAGGAAAAGGCAAGCAAGGAGGAAUCAGAGAAGAUGAAUCUGACGACAACUGUAGUUCAACUUAAGAAGACAGUUGGAGAACUAGAGAAAAUGAUGAAAGAGAAAGAGGAUGGCAUAUUGGACUUAGGGGAGGAGAAGAGAGAGGUUAUCAGGCAACUGUGUUUGUGGAUUGAUUAUCACCGCAGUCGCUAUGACUAUCUCAAGGACAUUCUAUUAAAGACUCGCAGAGGCCAGAGAGCAGCAUAAGUCCUCAUUUUUAUUUUUAUUUUGUUUUUCUAUGCAGCAGCUUGUUCAAUUAGAUAUAUGAUGUUAUGGUGAUUCAACUUCUCAUUAGCUCAUUUUUUUUUUUUUCAUGUGAAUUGAUUCUUUUUUUCUUUUUUUUUUGUUACACAAACUUGUGCUUGUUUGUAAUUCAAUUUGUCCAGUAUAUCAGGAGCAUCGUAUAGAGUUAGUUUUGUUCUCCUCUUGAAUUUGAAUUGAAUAAUGUUACAGCAGCUUUUUCCUUAAUUGUUCAA